CCCGGGGGCAACAGAGAGAGAGAGACCGGGGGUGAGAGGGGCAGACCCUGGGUAACAGAGAGAGAGAAAGGCAGACCCAGGGUUAAAGAGAGACAAAUUCGGGGUAACAGAGAGAUAAAUCCUGGGUAACAGAGGGAGAGAGGCCGGGAGAGAGAGAGAGACAGUCACCAGUUAUAUAGAGAUCUUGGGUACUAAGGAGAGAGAUAUACGUGGAGUAAAAAGGAAAGAGAGAGAGAGAGAAACACGGGGUAACAAGUUGAGAGAGAGAGACCCAUGAUAAGAGGCAUCCACAAUUAACAAGAAGAGAAUAGGGGUAAGGAAAAGGAAGAAGUACAAGUUAACAAACACCAAGGGGGUUAGUAAGAUACAGACACAGGGGUAAUAAAGGUGAGAGAUAAAAAGGUAUUAUCAGUCAUUUUGGGUGUACUACGUAAAGGAAAAGAGGCUCAUAAAAGAAAUACACAGUAACGGCUAGUAAGGACUACGAGAAGUACUGGGAGUAACACCGUUAACAGUAAUAAUUGAGGUAUAGGAUAGUAAGUGGGUGGAAAUAAAUGCAAUGCUGUUAUACCGAAAUAAAGUGUAAGGCAUAGUGGGGUAAGUCACAUACAUGAGUAAACAAAGUGAGGUAUCCAAGGGCAAUAAAUAAAACGGGUAAAGGGGACAGCAGUGGUGACAGAUAAUUCCAGUGUACUCAGCCAUUCAGAGAAUAAACAUAGCACUCUUAAAAACUACAUCAGAGAACAGAGCUUCCUCAACGGAAAUACGUUAAAGCACAAAGGAAGAAGAACCUGUAGUGGGUCUUCCUGGGAGUAGUCAAUCCAACUUCAAGUAAAGACACCAGAUUUACUACAACGAGGAGCAGAGGUGUGAGUGAAUAAUGGAGGCUCCCACCUUGGACAGUAUGAUGGAGCACCAUCGGUUUCCUGAUGACCAUAUCUCCCUGCUGUUGCUACUCCUUUACUCUCCCAUCGGUCUGUUUCUUCUCCUCCUUCGUAUCUUCAUUGGAGCCCAUAUAUUCCUGGUUAGCUGUGUUCUUCCUGACUCCGUUAGGAGAUUUUUGAUGCGCAUUAUGACCUCAGUACUUGGAGUUUUUACAAGUGUGUCCGAGCCUCACGUCAGAGAUAAAUCAGUGAAAAUAUAUAUCUCCAAUCACAGAACGUAUUUUGACCACAAUGUUGUGAGUCUGAUCACCUCAUGUGCUUCGCCAUCUGUGUCCUGCCCGCCUGGAUUCCUGUGCUGGGCCCGUGGUUUUCUAGAAUUAGGAACCCCUGGAAGUCGUGCUCAGCUCAAAGAGUCAUUAAAGCACUAUUUGUCCCAAACAGGGAGCCCCCCUCUACUACUUUUCCCUGAAGAAGAAACCACCAAUGGGAAGAAAGGGCUGCUCAAUUUCAGCUCAUGGGCGUUUUCUCUAUCAGACUCCGUUCAGCCACUCGCUCUCCACGUCCAGCGCCCUCUCAUCUCACCGAUGGUUACAGGUUGCCCUUGGGUCAUGGAACUUUUUUGGAUGCUGUUUAUCCCAUUCACCAUUUAUCAAGUAAGAUGGCUUCCGCCAGUUUUCCGAUAUCCAAAAGAGUCUGAUGAAGAGUUUUCUUCUCGAGUACAAAAGCUAAUGGCACUUUCCAUGGGGAUCAUCGGGACUCGUCACACUGCUGUGGACAGAGCAGAACAUUUAAAGAGGAUAAGACAUGAAUCUCCAACUCCUGCUGCAAGUGUUUCCUCUUCCACAGCAGACAGUCGCAUGGUACAGCGGGUCAAAGAAGUCCUACCCCAAGUCCCGCUAUCAGUGAUUCAUAAAGACCUGGCCCGCACUAAAUGUGUAGAUACCACAAUUACAAAUCUUUUAGAAGGACGAGUUCCUUUUGUAUCUGAAGAAGAAUCGUGUGGAAGAAGUGAGGCCUCUGUUAUGUCUAAUCGACCCACCAAGUCUGUUUAUAAGGGUUUUGGUCGCCGGCCUCAAGACAGACAUCUGUCAUUGCAGGAACGGAAGGAAGCGUUAUAUGAGUGUGCACGGAGAAGAUACCUGGAUAAGUUUGGAUCACUCGGCACAGAAGAAGAGGAAGCACAGUGCUAAGGUGCCAUUAACAAGCCACGGCAGCAAGGAGAGACCUUGAUGUUAUUGGGAGGGAAAGUGUGGGAUCGCAGUUGGUGUUAUCGACUCCUUUUCAUGAUUGAAAGGAAUGAUUGAAGACUCUUACUGCUCUGUGCAGAGUAAACACUAUGGUUGAAUCCUGCAAGGAGAAACUCUCUGUAUUUGAAACAUGUUUGUUGUCCAUAAACUGAUACGUUGAGCCAAUGCUUGCAGUAUGAUCCAUAUGACAUUUCCCGCACACAUGUCCUAAUCCUCUAAUUCUGGGUCUCUAGCCAAAAACCUUAUGUGGAUACAAGCAGUGUGCGUAUUGGCUGCUAUUCUAUAGUCAUUGCACAUGGACUCCCUACAAAUUACUCUAAUUUAUUCUGCUCCGUGUCUAUGGACUCUCUGCACAGACACAUUAAUAAUGGGCUUAGUGUAUACACACAUAUGAAUGCUGGGCUCAGUGUACACAGACUCUGCAAAGACACACGUAUACUGGACACGGUGUACACGGACUGUCUGCACAGACACAUGAAUAUUGGGCUCAGUGUACAUGGACUCUGCACAGCAAGGCCUGAAUAUUGGGCUCAGUGUACACGGACUCUGCACAGCAAGGCCUGAAUAUUGGGCUCAGUGUACACGGACUCUGCACAGCAAGGCCUGAAUAUUGGGCUCAGUGUACACGGACUCUCUGCACAGACACACAUGAAUAUUGGGCUCAGUGUACAUGGACUCUCUGCACAGCAAGGCCUGAAUAUUGGGCUCGGUGUACAUGGACUCUGCACAGCAAGGCCUGAAUAUUGGGCUCAGUGUACAUGGACUCUCUGCACAGACACACAUGAAUAUUGGGCUCAGUGUUCAUGGACUCUGCACAGAUGCACAUGAAUACUGGGCUCAGUGUACACGGAUUCUCUGCAAAGACACACAUGAAUACUGGGCUCAGUGUACACGGAUUCUCUGCAAAGACACACAUGAAUACUGGGCUCAGUGUACAUGGGGUCUCUGCACAGACACAUUAAUAGUGGGCUCAGUGUACACGGACUCUGCAUAGACACACAUGAAUACUGGGCUCAGUGUACACGGACUCUCAGCACAACAAGGCCAGAAUACUGGGCUCAGUGUACGCGGACUCUGCACAGACGCGCACAUGAAUAGUGGGCUCAGUGUACGUGGAAUCUCUGCACAGCAAGGCCGGAAUACUGGGCUCCGUGUACAUCCCAUUUCCUUUGCAGGAAUGCAGCCUUAAUUAACGGAAGCAAUUGCUUUGUUGAAUUAGGGAUCUGCUGUGUUGUUUUAAAUGGGGCAGUGCUUUAUUAAUGUAAUACUUUUUUUGAAAUAAAAGAUGAUUUCCAUUGUCUGCA